UUCUAUUCCUGGGAAACGAUAGUCAGGCAGGCGUGUUUAGACAAAACAAAAAUGCGCACGUCAGACAUUCACUUCCACUUCAGUGUGAACAUAUAAAGCUGCGUGCUCAACAACUUCUUAUCUUUUACAGCAAAGCAGGAGUUGGACUUAUCUGACUUUUUACCAGCGAACUGCUGAUUUGAGGAAACAGCUGAAUGAUGAGUGCUGCUCAGAGUCAAAAAACAAACUCCAAAUUGGAGUCCCUGCAGUGCCACUUCACCUGGGAUCUGGACACUAGCAGGUCCUUACUUUUACGUCUCAGUGAAAAUCUGAAGGACAUCGGCACCGAGGAGGGAAACAGCUGGCAGGGUCACAUUUACAACCUGCGGGGGUUCAUUGAAUACAAGCUGGGGUUCACUGAAGAAGCCCAGAGUGUCUUCAACAAGGCCACAGAGGCCUUCUGCCAGAUGAGAAAUGCAGAUGAGGGUCCCUGGUUAGUGGUGAACUACGGGAACCUGGCUUGGCUGCACCACCAUCUGGGAGACCCAGCAGAGAGUGAGGCUUACCUGACAAAGGUCGACGCCCUGAUGAAAAAAUACCCAUCUCCAUCCCAGGACGAGCUCCACCCAGAGAUCUACGCUGAAAAAGCCUGGACUCUGAUGAAGUUCGGUGCAGACAAAAAGCUGCUGUCUGCAGAUUACUUCCAGAGAGCCAUCAGGAUGCAGCCGGACAUGGUGGAGUGGCACACCAGCUAUGUCUUAGGGUUAGAGAAUGCUUCAAAGCACAGCAGCACAGGGCUGGGGGCUGACAUCUUGGAGAAAAUGAAAAUGGCCAAAGAACAGGAUCCAGAAAACUUGUAUCUCGCUGUUAAAUACCUCGUGCAAUGUGCUAAGAAAGGAGAAAUAAUUGAAGAUGAAGCACGUGAGCUAGCCAUUAAGGUUUUGAUAAAUCCUGUCAGCAGCUACAGUGGUAUGAAAGCUGUACUAAGAGUUUACAGAAACUAUGUAUCUGUUGAUGAGGCCAUUGAUUUGGCAGAGGAUGCUCUAAAAAACAUCCAGAUGAGCGUUAUCUGAAGCGAUGUGCUGCACUCUGCUACAAAUGGAAGAUAAUUUUUUUCAGGGACAGUCGCCCAAAACAAAGCCUGAUAGAGAGAGCAAUCAGUCUCCAUAAAGAAGUGAUUUCACUUUACCCUCAUUCUUCCUUUGUGAAGAAAA